UUAAACCACACACACACCCACUUCCCACAUAAACACCGUCUCAAAUCUCAAUCUCAAUCAAUCUUAGAUAUGGCAGAACAAGUACAAGUCUUGGGUUUUUGGGGAAGUCCUUUUAGUCGCAGAGUGGAGCUAGCUCUCAAGCUCAAAGGCGUAGAAUACCAAUACUUUGAAGAAGAUUUGUUUCAUAACAAGAGUGAUUUGCUUCUCAAAUACAACCCUAUUCACAAGAAGGUCCCUGUUCUGCUCCACCACGGUCAACCCAUUGCUGAGUCUCUUGUGAUUCUGGAAUACAUUGAUGAUAUCUGGAAAGAAAAUUAUCCCAUCUUGCCCCAACAUCCCCACCAAAGAGCUCUUGCCAGAUUCUGGGCUAAGUUUAUUGACGACAAGGUCGUGGGUGCAGUAGUGAAGGCUGCUGGAAGCAGAGGAGAAGAUAGAGAGAAGGCUAUAGAAGAGGCAAGGGAAGCAUUAGAAGCACUUGAGAAAGAGAUUGAAAAAAACAAUGAACUGUUUGGAGGAAAUGAUAUUGGGUUUGUAGACAUUGUUGGGACUGUGAUUGCUGGUUGGAUUCCUGCCUUUGAAGAAUGUUUUGGGUUUCAGCUGCUUACAGCUGAUAACUUCCCUAACCUAAUCAAAUGGAGUGAUCAGCUUGUUAACCAUUCCAUUUUCAACCAGAUUCUCCCUCCAAAAUAUGAGAUUGUUGCCUGCAUGAAAGCUAAUUGGAAAAUUUGAAAACUAAGGAGGAUGAUUUAACCAAUUUGGUAUUGAUAUUUCAUUGGAAUGUUUAGAUAAGUUCAAGAAGUUAAUCAAAAUGUCUGUCUGAUGAUGAUGUUGCUGGUGGACAUAUCAUUAAAAUAAAAAGGAUAUUAUAUUUUUAUUAUCAUUCAAGUAAAGUCAUUAGUCAUAUAAUCAAUCGUUUGCUUAAUUCUACUUUUGUGAUUAGAUGGGCAAAUUGAAGACAUGUAUACUCAUAUUUUUCUUUGCUACUCGUUAGACCCUAAAUUUAUGAAAGUUUUGUUGGGACGA